AGUACCCAAAACCGAAUCCCGAAAACGAAAACGAGGAUAACACCCCCCCACGAGAUGUUCAAGCCAUCGAUGCUACUGGGUCUGGCCCUCAUCCUGACUCCAGGAUCCCUGAUCCAAGCCAAGUCCCUGUGCCGCCAGAGCGGCUACUUCGCCUUAGUGGAUAACACGGCGGACUUCUACGCCUGCCAGGCCACUGGUGUCGCCGGUGACUUCUCCGUGCGCUUCCUGCGCUGUCCUGCCGGUCUGGUCUUCAGCUCCUCGGUGGCCCAGUGCGUGCAGUCGAUCGCCGCGUUCGAGGCUCGCGAGGAUAGCAACAUCGAGAACCCCACCAUUCCGCCCGAAACUGUGGAUGCGAGCACCACGGUCGCCACAAUAGCCGCUAGUGAUGCUCCGUCAACCACUGAGAAGCCAGCGACAGAGGCUACGGAAACCACUGAAAAACCAGCCACCGAAGCUCCAGAAACCACAACCGGAUCCGACGAGCUUACAACCGACGAGCUGGCAACUAAGGAGCCGGUAACUGAUGAGCCGGUAACCGAUGAGCCUGUUAACAAUAAGCCCGCUACCGAUGAGCCUGUAACCGAUGAGCCGGUAACCGAUAAGCCCGUAACCGAUGAGCCCGUAACCGAUGAGCCCGUGACCGAUAAGCCGGCGACCGAUGAGCCCGUAACCGAUGAGCCCAUUACCAAAACCACCGAUGCCGGCGACGUGACGAAGACCACCAGCGGUGAUGUCUCGGUGACCACUGCCGAGGACAAUGUAUGCGCCACCACCGGGUUCUUCCCGACGGACGGAAGCUGCACGGACUUCGUCAUCUGCAGCUACGGCAACGGCACCGAGCUGAAGCCCUACGUCCGCAAGUGUCCCACUGAUAUGCAGUUCGAUCCCUUAGGGUGCGUGUGCUCCAAGCACUACGAUUGCACCAAGGCCUAAAAGGAGGAAGAAGGACGCUAUUCGAGGAUUGGGUGGCUGAAAACGACGAGAAGCAAUAAAAUCAGCCAUUUAACAAAGCUGUAGUUUUUAUUUACUUUAUAGCAGAAUUUUUUUG